AUGACAAUAUAUGAUCAAGCUAAACCCAACAAUGGUGUAUUGCCAAUUAGAUUGUACCUCAAGCAUUGGGUGCGACAAAAUAGCCUUGACAAUUCAUCGAACAGGUGGUACGCAGGGGCUGGAAGGAUGGAAAAGAGGGCUGUGUUUUGGGUCUACGGUGAUGGAGAAUGGGCGAGUGAGAUAGGGGAAGGAGAAAGAAAGAAAGAGAUACAUUUGACGUGUUGUUGGAGUCUAUGGCGUGGGCUGGCUGUUGUGUUGUUGGAGUCUAUGGCGUGGGCUGGCUGUUGUGUGUCUAUAGUGGUUUCUGAUUUGGGUAUGAGUGUGAGGCAGAGGAGGAAAAAGAGAGAGGUUGGGCGUGAGAGUGUGAGGCAGAGGAGGAAAAAGAGAGAGGUUGGGCGUGAGUGUGUGAGGCAGAUGAGGAAAGAAAGGCGGAUCUUCCAUCGAGUUCAUCUAAUUCCAGUGGCAGUCAUCAUGGCUCAGACUGUUGUCCUCAAUGUUGGCAUGUCAUGCGAAGGCUGUGUUGGGGCCGUGAAGAGGGUUUUAGGAAAAAUGGAAGGUGUAGAAUCGUUUGACAUUGAUUUGAAGGAGCAGAAAGUUACAGUGAAAGGCAACGUUCAGCCUGAAGCAGUUCUCCAGACUGUUUCUAAGACUGGGAAGAAGACUUCCUUUUGGGAAGCAGAAGCCAAGUCCGCCGAGGCUGUUGCUUAA